AUGGAGUAUAUGCAUUGGGAUACGCAUACUGCUGUCUACUAUGUGGAUGAUAGACAGGUGCACUGUAUGGCUGUGAGGGAGCCGGUGCACUGUAGGGCGUGUCUUGAGGAGCAGCUACAUGCGGUGCAACUACACUUCUGUGUGAGGUGUCGUACAGAGGGGGCAACAGAGCUGCUUGAGCGGGAUCUACAGGAGGAGGAGGCGGUGGCCAGUACUCACCGGUCUCUGCUCCCUGGACUAUACCUGCUGUGUAGUUUGGAGGCACUGCUGGUAGUAAAGGAGCUGUCACUGGUGCUGAAACACUAG